UCUAAACAGAACACUGCUAUUUCUGUCUGGGUAGAAACCCCCUGUAACUGGAUCCCUUUAAAGUGACCAACACAUGAUGCCAGCAUUUAUUUUCAUUCAGACACUUCAUGCUCCUGAUUGGUCAGUAUAGGAGGGGGUAAAUACCGUCCAGAAGCUUGUUUGAUGCAUGACAGUCACUCAUUUGUUGCUGUAGAAGAGCAGUGAAUACAUGGAUAUGUUAUGUAAUCAUGCUUCUUAGGAAUGUGGGAGUUUUUUAUGUUUUUGAACAUGAAAUCUCAAGUUUUAGAAAGCAAAGAGAUUCAUAGACUUCACCCAUGGAAAACAAAUACUGAAACAGAUAAGUCUGAAUAGACGGACAGACAGCUAUGUCUCCUGCUGAGAGGUUGAAGGUGCUCCUCUUCUUGGCUUUAUUCUUUGGAGCAACAGGAUUUCUGUCCACACUGCUGUCCUGCGGGACAGAAUACUGGCUGCUGGCUGCUGAGACCUGCAGCCAGCCAGAAGAAAGACCUGGAGGACGUGUCCUGAGAGACGGGAAGAGCAACGCUAAGGCUGGUGUGAGGAUGUUCCAUGAGGGUCUGUUUUGGCGAUGCUCCUUCGAGGCCCUCUCUCAUGAAUACUCUAUGUGGGACAUUUGGAUCACAAAUCAGCCACCAUCAAUGGUCUGCCAGGCCGCUUUCCUCUUCCCGUUUCCUGUUAAUGAGCCAGUGAGACGAUGGGGGGAGUUGCACAGUUUACCUGCAGAACCCUACGAACAUCAAUCAGCCAUUGUUUUUAGGACGUUCUGGAGCAUCUUCCUCGUUACAGGUGUGGCGGCCAUUGUCAUUGGUGGAUUCAUCGUCAUGUGUGCUGGCCCACUGUCCAACCACAAACUCUAUAAAGUGGGUGGGGUCCUUCAGCUUUGUGGUGGCUUGUGUCUGCUGGCAGUGCUGGUGAUGUAUCUGAUGUGGGUCCAGGUACUAGACACUCUGGAGCAGUUUGUCCUCCAUCAGAGAGUCUCCAGCUGCCCUUCCUUCCAUCUCAGCAUCCAACAUGGCCCCUCAUUCCUCCUGGCUCCGGUCGCCGUCUUCUUCUGCCUGCUUGCUGGCGUGCUCUUUAUUCUGGUUGGCCAAAGUGUUCACAGUAUAGAGUUGGAGAAGAGAAACAAAAUUCCUGAACUUGCAGCACCGGAUGCUUGUUUGUGACUCAUUUUUAAAAUAUGGCGGAUCCAGUUUAUUCAGCACUGGACAGUACCUACCUAUAAUAAAAGUCAUGUUCCUUCUGUA